GAACGAUGGUCAUACAAUCCUUUGACCUUCAAAUGUUCAGUCACCUACACACAAGGGUCACGGUUACAAGCAGUUUUCGAGGCAUAAAUGAGAAACAGCCUGAGUCUUUUUUAUACAUUAUGUGGUGAUGCUCCCUUUACAGUGCUAUUUCACUUAUACUAAGUCACUGUGAUUGUCGCAUAGAUGAGUCUAUACAUAACCAUAUUUUUAUAUAUAUUUCGGGAAGUCCACGGUCACUAUAAAAGACCUGCACGUAUUAGGAUUCCAAGUUUUUGCCGCAACAAAAGCGUCGUUAAAGUUUCUUUGGCUUAACUAACUAAAAAGGCCUGAAGAUCAGAAGUCGGCGUGCCAACGGAUUAAUAAACUAGGGUGUAAUGAUCCAAUCCGUCAUCUAAUAACCUUGUUUUUUUGGUAUUUUAUGGUGCUUACAAUUUUAAAAACUUUUCGGAUAUGAAUAUUAUCAAAAUUUUCGAAACCGACGGUAUGUUUGUAAAUUUCGAUCAGUCAAAUCUAAUUUCCUGUUAUAUACUACUCUGGUAACUCGCUAAAAAUAAGUUCUCUAAUUCCUCAUAACUCGAGAAGAGCGAUCCAAGGCUUGUCUUUAAAAUCAGAAGUAAACCUUUAUGUGACAAAGCAAUCUUCUCUUCGGAUGGAGACGCUUCGAAUACUCUGCUUCUUAAAAAACCUGAGACACCACUGUUCACAGUGUUCGUUCUUCGAUUUCAUUCCAUAGAGUGGUAGUGAAAAAGUGUUUGUCUUUGCACUUACUUCCUUCCUAUAUUUUGUUUUAAGGCAGUAUGUAACUUCUUAGUUUCCUAAAUGGAACCUAGAAACAGUACUCUGUAUUGAUUACGUUGUGCUAGAUGUAUUGCCCAGACAGCGAAUCUUCUACACUUAAGUAUGCUUGUGUCUAAUUUUGUCAAGUCCUUCAAUUAACUUGUUUGACAGACAGUGUCAUCCAAACAGUUACAAUUUGUAUAUCUUCGUAUUAUUAUUACUAUUAUUAUUAUUUCUGUAUUCUUGAUCACGUGUUGCAGCCUACUCACAUCGCUCUUGCUAUCUAAUACAUCAGUUGCUUAAAUUUCUCGAUGAAUCAUUCGUCUUCCUAUAUAUAUGCGCUUGAACCUUAUUAAUUCAUUCGACUCGUAAUUCGCCUCUGUAUUUGUUUGCUCACUCGCGUUAGCAUUUCUGCUUGGAUCCGCUUUGUGUGUUUGUGGCUCAGUGAUUUGCUCUGUUCAGUGGCAAAUUGUAGUCUAUGCUUCGUAUUGUCUCCUGCAAUUUAUACACCGUUGUGAUUUAUUUAGGAAUGGUUAUCAGGAAAAUUGAUGUAUGAAGCUUUAGGAAGUGUUUCGAAGAUAAUCCCCCACAAGUCCUACUAUCUGGUGGUAUGUAGGCUUGUCCAAGUCACCAUUAAUUGGUAACCAAUGUCUAUACAAAGUACUUAUAAAGAAUAGUGGGGACCUGUCUGGAGUUUUGCUGUGGUUGGACAGUAAAAAUAGUCAGAAGGACCAUUUUCCUGGGAACCUGUGUGAGUGUUACUAGUGGCUUGGCAAAUGAGAUCACACUUAUUUGGGAUGUUAUAAAUGGUCCCUAGGUCCUAAUUCAUGUUUGAACAUACUAAACAGGCUAGUCCAAUAGUUAUAACUACCAACUAAUAUUCACUAAAAAUGAUAACUCCGUUUUAGAUUUUAAUUUAUCUAUACAUCUUGUCCUCUGUUGGAUAAUUACGAAAGUUCAUGUGGUGGAACUUUAGCUUAGUAUCCCGAUUAUCAGUAAAUGUUGGCAUAGUAUCUCGAUCCAAUAAUUCAAAUGUCACUACUUCUAGGGGAAUAUAUUUAGUACAAAACAUAUGUGAGUAUGCUUAGUUUCAUAAUACUAACUUAAAGUAAGUUUACAUUCAUAAAUUUCUGUUAUAAAUAAACUUUGAUUACUAUUCCAAACCUGCACAAAUUUACAAAUGCUUUUUAACUCAAACUGGGUUCAUAUAAGUUGACUUAGUGCAAUUGUCAGUAAAAAAUCGAUUCGUAAUAGUCAGGGUCAGUUAACCGAUAAAAAUACACUAGUCCAAGAACCUAGUCAUUCUAACUGUUACUAUCAAACAACUAUUAUUCGAAAGAUGGAAAUUACCACAUGGAUAUCGUUCUGCUGCAUAUUUAUGGCAGCCUUAUGGUCAUUCAAAAUGACGUCAUUCAUACUACUUCAUUACUUAAACUACUAUCAGAAACUCCUUAGAAACGGCACACUACUCCAUUCACCUACUUUAGCAACCCCUAAGUAGGUUCUCAGCGUUGGUGUUUUCUAAUAUAUUUGAUUUUUGGUUUUAAUACAAACUUUUGUCCAAAGGAAAUUAGUAAGUUUUUCGUUCCUAUUUACAUAGUAUUCGGUACUAGUAACCUAACUGGCCAGUGAUUCUUUUUAUACAGCUCUGAUUAAAAUAAGUAAUAGUCAUCCAAUUUGUACUUGUGGUUUUAGAUAGUUGAAGCUAUUACGACGAUCCUGUAAACAACUGCAAAGAUGGGUAAACAAAAAACCAAACAAGAUGAAGACAUAAGUCUUGAAGAUAAUCCUAAUAACCCCACGUUUGAAACAGAGAAAUCACCUAAAACACCGAAAAUAGAUGCACAUAAGCACCAUGAUGAAGCCAAACCUGUCAAUCACAAUGACCACAACACAUCUCUGUCAUCUAAUAAAAUUAAACAAAAAGGUGAAACAGUUAUUGUAAAAGAGUCUAAAAAAGAUAAAAAGCUUAAACGAAAGCGCAGUUCUAAUGCUCGGAGCGAUAAUGCUAUUCUUGAUAGUACUGAGCUCAGUUUUGAGAUGAGAAUGGAAAGUGUGUCAGAAUUACCGUUAAAAAAGAGAAAGCAUAAUUCUACGUCUAGUGGUCAGAACGAAUGCGAUUUAAGUAAUGAAAUUACUUGCCAUGGGGUUGAUACACCUAGGCUCAAAACAAAUAACGAAGCCUCUUCGGAACAUAAAACACAAAACCACUGUUCUGUGUUGAAUGUUCAUCCUAAAAGCACCUCUGGUGACCAGAAAGCAUUGGAGAGAUAUAAGGGGGUCGAACUCAGGAAAAAUGAGGCUGUAAAUAAAUCAAAAGGAAGGAAAAGAAGAAAGGACGUUUCCUCGUUAGGAAUUCGAAGUCAAAGUAUUUCUUCUAACCAAACAUUAUUUAACACAUCUAAUAAAAGCAAGUUACCAGACGGUAUAACAGUAUCAUAUAACUCGUCGAAACCCGAAAGGUGCAAACAGAAUGCUCCACACAAUAUUGAAAAAGGAAAAUGGUAUCAUGAAUCUGAACUUUCUAAUGACGAAGAAUAUUUCACGAGUGAUGAAAGUUCUAUUGAAGUAGAUAACCCACAAAAUAGAAGCCUUCAACGUCAACAUAGACGACUGUUAAAUGAACGUUUAUCAAGAACCAUAUUCGUUGGCAAUUUACCUCUGAAUAUUACCAAAAAAAGAAUGGAAGCUCUAUUUAAUAAUGUACUGCAAAAUAACAACAUUUCAUCCUCAGAUUGCCGUGUUGAAUCCGUCAGAUUUCGUGGUGUUAUUCCAGUUACUGGUGGUACUAGUAGAUUAGCACGAAAACGUGCAGCUAUCACGGGUGAAUCUUCAGGUGUUUCUAAAUUUCGUAUGGGUUAUGUUGUUCUAACAACAAAGAUCGGUAUACCAAUUGUACUUUCCUUAAAUGGAUGCUGUUUGAAUUCGAAUGGUUUUAUUGUGAAUCCGGAAGAAUCAAUUAAUGUCAUUGGUGAUAAGACUGAAUCUACCAAGAAUGGUAAUAGUAAUAAUAAUACUAAUGACGUAUAUCAUAUUCGAGUUGACAAAGCAACUGAUGAUAAUGAUAAAACACAUUGUAAACUAGAUAAUUGUGUUUUUGUGGGCAAUCUACCAUUCGAUUGUAAUGAAGAAGAGAUUUACAGCACUUUGUCUACAUUAGGAUCAAUAAAAAGUGUCCGUCUAAUACGUGAUUCUCAAACUGGUGCUGUACGUGGAUUCGGUUAUGUAGCAUACAACGACCCAUCAAUUAUACCAUUAGCUAUACGUUCAUCUAAUACACUGAGUAUACGUGGGAGACAAAUAAGAAUUAUGGAGUGUAAAGUGAAGAAAAUUAAAAAUAAAGAAGGCGCUCAACAAAUUAAAUUUCAUCGUCAUCGUCACGAUAAAAAUAAUAAAAUAUUCAAUACUGAUCCGAAGAAAAAGGAUAAACGAGAAAAAAAGGCGAUAAAGAGGGAAAAGAUGAAGGAACAACAACCAGUCAAGUUAACUCAUAGUAACACUAAUGAUGGCAAUAAUAAAAAGAUGUCAGAAAACAAUGAAGUACUUUUUAAGAAAAAAAUACACAAAAAGAAGAAAAAGUUGAAUAAUAUGCACGAAAAAUAAACUGGUUAGAAACUGAGAAAUUAAUAAUGUAAAUGUGUAUAUGUAUAUUUUAAAUAUAAUUUAUACCAUAAUUUAUAUCAUGUACAUAAUGUAACGAUGCAUAUUGCAUUAAAUAAAUAACUGAUUGUAAUUAGACUUUGUAUAUGCUAGUAUAUUUGGAUUUAGAAUUCAG